AUGUAUGCUUAUAGGAGCAGAAAUGUUGUGAAAAGGGAAGGAAGCAAUCAUUCACUCAUCUGACACUUCCUGUUUCGUUUCAGGGACUUUCUGCCACGUGGAUCUGGCAUCGUAACCAGACGCCCGCUGGUCCUGCAGCUGGUGAACUCCAGCACAGAAUAUGGUGAGUUCCUACACUGCAAAGGAAAGAAAUUCACUGAUUUUGAGGAGGUCCGUCUGGAGAUUGAGGCUGAAACAGAUCGUGUUACUGGCUCCAACAAAGGGAUUUCCCCAGUGCCCAUCAAUCUUCGCGUCUACUCUCCCCACGUCCUGAACCUGACCUUGGUGGAUCUCCCGGGUAUGACAAAAGUCCCAGUAGGGGACCAGCCCCCUGACAUCGAGUUUCAGAUCCGAGACAUGCUCAUGCAGUUUGUCACCAAAGAGAAUUGCCUCAUCCUGGCAGUAUCACCAGCCAACUCAGACUUGGCCAAUUCUGAUGCCCUGAAGAUUGCGAAGGAGGUGGAUCCUCAAGGGCAACGCACUAUUGGAGUCAUCACUAAGCUGGAUCUUAUGGAUGAAGGAACUGAUGCACGAGAUGUAUUAGAAAAUAAAUUACUUCCUCUUCGUAGAGGUUACAUUGGUGUAGUCAACAGAAGUCAGAAGGACAUUGAUGGCAAGAAGGAUAUUCAGGCAGCUCUGGCUGCAGAGAGAAAAUUUUUUCUCUCCCACCCAGCCUACAGACACAUGGCUGAUCGCAUGGGAACCCCCUACCUGCAGAAAGUAUUGAACCAGCAAUUGACCAACCACAUCCGUGACACCCUGCCAGGGCUGCGGAACAAGCUCCAAAGUCAGCUCCUCUCCAUUGAGAAGGAGGUGGAGGAGUACAAGAACUUUCGCCCUGAUGACCCAGCUCGCAAGACCAAAGCUCUGCUCCAGAUGGUCCAGCAGUUUGCUGUGGACUUUGAGAAACGCAUUGAAGGCUCUGGGGACCAAAUUGAUACUUAUGAGCUGUCAGGAGGAGCUAGGAUUAAUCGCAUCUUCCACGAGCGUUUCCCCUUUGAGCUGGUGAAGAUGGAGUUUGAUGAGAAGGAGCUGCGGCGGGAGAUAAGCUACGCCAUCAAGAACAUCCAUGGUAUCAGAACCGGUCUCUUCACACCCGACAUGGCCUUUGAGACCAUUGUGAAAAAGCAGGUGAAGAAGAUUAAAGAACCUUGCCUGAAAUGCGUGGACAUGGUCAUUUCGGAGUUAAUCAAUACCGUUAGACAGUGCACCAAGAAGCUCAGCCAGUACCCUCAUCUGCGUGAGGAGAUGGAGAGGAUUGUUACUACUCACAUCCGUGAGAGAGAAGGCAGGACCAAAGAUCAGGUGAUGCUUCUAAUAGACAUUGAGCUGGCUUACAUGAACACAAACCAUGAGGAUUUCAUUGGCUUUGCCAAUGCUCAGCAGAGGAGCAGCCAGAUGAGCAAGAAGAAGGCAGCUGGCAACCAGGAUGAGAUCCUGGUCAUCCGAAAGGGCUGGCUCACCAUCAACAACAUCGGGAUCAUGAAGGGUGGCUCCAAGGAGUAUUGGUUUGUCCUGACAGCAGAGAACCUCUCCUGGUACAAGGAUGACGAGGAGAAGGAAAAGAAGUACAUGUUACCAGUGGAUAACCUGAAACUGCGUGAUGUUGAGAAGGGGUUCAUGUCCAGCAAGCACAUCUUUGCUCUCUUCAACACUGAACAGAGGAAUGUUUACAAGGACUACCGGCAGCUGGAGCUGGCCUGUGAGACCCAGGAGGAGGUGGAUAGCUGGAAGGCUUCCUUCCUUCGUGCAGGAGUCUACCCAGAGCGUGUUGGGGACAAGGACAAAGCGAGUGAAGCAGAGGAGAAUGGAUCAGACAGUUUCAUGCACUCCAUGGACCCUCAGCUGGAGAGACAAGUGGAGACGAUCAGGAACCUGGUGGAUUCCUACAUGGCAAUUGUCAACAAAACCAUCAGAGACCUCAUGCCGAAGACAAUCAUGCACCUCAUGAUAAACAAUACCAAGGACUUUAUCCAUUCGGAGUUGCUGGCGAACCUGUAUUCCUGUGGUGAUCAAAAUACGCUGAUGGAGGAAUCGGCAGAGCAGGCCCAGCGACGUGACGAAAUGCUGCGCAUGUACCACGCCCUGAAAGAGGCCCUCAACAUCAUCGGGGACAUCAACACCAGCACCAUCAGCACCCCAAUGCCCCCACCGGUGGACGACUCUUGGCUGCAGGUGCAGAGCGUACCAUCUGGACGCAGGUCUCCUACAUCCAGCCCCACGCCACAGAGGAGAGCUCCGGCUGUUCCACCCGCCAGACCUGGGUCUCGAGGCCCAGCUCCUGGGCCACCUCCUGCUGGUGGGUCCACACUGGGUGGUGCCCCCCCUGUGCCCUCCAGGCCAGGUGCCUCUCCUGAUCCCUUUGGGCCCCCACCUCAGGUUCCUUCUCGGCCUAAUCGUGCUCCUCCUGGUGUUCCCAGCCGGCCGGGUAAGGCCAGUCCCUCCCGCCCGGAGAGCCCAAAACCACCAUUUGACAUGUAGGCCUGCUCCCUCUGAGACUCUUUGCCUGCCUCUUAGCUGUUCUGUCCUGGAAUGGUCUGACUCGAAUCUCACACAUGGCUUGUUUUGUUUGUAUUUUGUGACACACCUAUCAGAUGUGAUUCUAGUGAAACUGGGUUUUGUUUUGUUU